AUGUCUCGCGCGCCGGGCGGCCGGGAUCGAGCCGGUGGUGGCGGUUUCGCACCGGUUCCACAGAUCGACGCCACCGACGACGACGACAGUAACAUCAAUCAGGAUGACCAGCAAGGGCAAUAUAACGGCCAGUCGCAGCGUCGGCGGUUCACAGCCGUAGAUCGCUUCCGCGACACAGUGCAGCAUGUCAUUCGGCAGAGCACGAUACCGCACGAGCAGGACUGGCUGAGCGUGGGCAGCUCUCCCGCGUUGUCGGACACCACACUGGUUGGCGCCGACUACCUCGACCUCCCGAUCCAGCGAUUCGAUGAGGUGGAUCUCGGAGACUAUGGCAGCUACGUCGAGUACAGAGGUUACUACGGCCCUGAAGUCACGCACGCCGUGGACACGAGGGACCUUCAGGCUGGAGUAGGGAUUGAAGUCAGGGACCUUUCAUACUCAAAGAGCCUCAAGGCGGGCCUGGGUAUCGAAGUGCGUGUCAAAGAAACCGCUCUCGACUACUCCCCCGGCGGACUUUACAUCGAUUUUCCCACGGAAGAUUAUGGCUACCGGGGCUCGGAAGGCAUCGUUGAGAAGCACACGCCUAGCUCACCGGCCGAUUACAACUAUAAGCCACUGUCGCUCAAAUGGCUGUUCUUGUUCCUCCUCUUCGGCGCGCUGCUUUUCUUCGUUGUUAUUGCUGGGCUCGCUCUCCGUCUACUACCCGACGCGUCAAAGGCGGCCGGAACUCUCCCGGCCUUCCAGAAUAUCACCGAGAUCCGUCGACGUUCAAUACUGCCGAGCAGUAUCAACUCAGAGAGUGUUGAACUGUUGCCUUUUGGAAAGCGACAGAAUAAUACAGACAGCGAAGAUGCCACAGCGACUUCAACGACAACUGACUUGAGUACGACGAUCGUCGAUGCGGUGACCAGUGUCUCCACACCGGCACCAUCAGUCACUUCUCAUACUUCAACCUCCACACCUUCCGUUGAGCAGCCCACAUCUGCUACUGUUCAAACUACCACAGCUGAAGAGACUACUGCGAUCACCAAAUCCCUCAACCUGCCUACAAGCACUGCUAAUGCCCCUUCAACCUCCACGGUCGUUACAGCGAGUGAGCAAGGCCAUCAUGACCAGACGACAAGCACCACAACUCAGGAUCUGCAAGACAGUACUACAACUACUACAAGGCAAACUCAGCAAAUUACCACGACAAGCCAAGUUCAAUCUACGACCACGACAAGCCAGGUUCAGAUGACUACCACCAUAGGCCCGAACCAACCAUCCACCACUACGGAGGAUGAACCAUCAACGACCACACAGCGAGAAGGAUCAACAACGACUACAAACGCAAACCAGUCCACGACAACUUCAGUCCAAGACCAGUCCACGACGACCACACAUAGGGGUCAAACCCCUGAUCCUACCAGUACCCAAGGCAGCGGCGAAGGCAGCGGCGAAGGUGACGGCGGUCACAACGAUCCAACCCCGACUCAAUAUCCUGGUCAUCACCCCGGAUCCACGAGUACUACCACAGAGGCUCCACCAACGCAACCUGUACCUACAACGGAGUCGGUCACCAAUGUCACCACUGAUCAUAUCACUACAAGCCAAAACACAGGAACGACUACUACGCAUCAGCAGACGGAACCUCAGGGGCUAUCGCAUACUGAGUCGGAAACCCCGCCACCCACUUCAAUCCCCGAUACGAGUGUCGUGACUAAACCCUGGGAAUGGCCAACUACUACAGCCUCAGCUACGAGUGUUGUAAUCCCACCUGUAGACUCAACACAUACCACGACGACAGACACGGGGGCUAUUACUGGUACUGGAAACCCUUCACCCACUUCAACCCUCGAUACGGGUGUUGUCACUGGACCCGGGGACUCGUCAACUACUACACCCCCAGCUACGGGUUCUGUGACCCCACCUAAAGACUCAACUCAAACUACAACAGACACAGAGGUCGUUACUGGCCCUGGAUACCCGUCCCCUACUUCGACCCUCGAUACGGGUGUUGUCACCGGACCCGGAGACCCGCCGCAUACUACCACCCUAGGAACGAGCAUUAUAACCACACCUGGAGAGUUACCCCCGACGGAGACCCCAGCUACGACUGCUGUAACCAAACCCGGGGAUCAGCCACCUACCAACCUCCCAGACCCAGAAACAGAGAGUGUUACCGUAACUUGGCCACCCAUAGUGUCUGGCCCUGGAAACCAGUCGCCUACAUCCUCAACAGAUUCAACGACUGUAUCGCAGACUUUGACGCAUGGAUCUACGCCCACGUCUGAUUCGACUGCGGGUGUGACAGUCACACUCCCUAGUACAGGAGAUACUACCACGUAUAGCUAUACUGAGCCUACCCCGCCUCAUGGUCAACCGACAACCUCGGGGACCACGCAAGCAGACACAACAUCAGCUUCUAGCUGGGGCCUGGGUACUAAUUCCCCCUCGACAUUGCCAGCUGGUGAGCCCGGUUCUGUUACGACAAGUCAUUCCUCCGACACUAUCGGAACAGGCGGCGAGCCCAGUUCUGUCACGACUACAGAGUAUACAGGCUCUUUUACCACGGGCCCCAACGCCGGCUCGACUACAACAGACCAGGGAACAGGGGCUAUCCCGACCAGUAAAGACACUCUCACUACCACGACAGCAGGUGAAUCAAGCCAUGUAGAAACAGAUGAGACCCCAGACCCUACUGGGACCAGACUUGGACCGGGUGUUACAUCGCCGGCGGGUGUUGCUUCCCCGUCAACCACAAGUCGUGAUCCAAAUACAGACCACACAGUCACAAAUGUCCCUGGAUCCAAUACUCCCUUGACAUGGCCUCCAACGGAGUCACCAGACACUCCAUCGCAUUCCCUUAGUAAUGCUCCUCCAACGAACUUGCCCAAUACCGACCACGCGAGCAGUACGACGACCCUGAAUCAGGUGAAUACGCAGAACGGGUUGACCGACGGUGCACUGCCGACAUUCACUCCUAGUCAGACCGUGGAAGGAGAACAGCCCCCAGUCAAUGGCCUAGUAGCCGCGACGGACGAAGGUGCCCAAAGCAAGGCCAUCGAGUUUCAAGCAGGCUCGGUCGACCAAGGUGUCCCUAACAAGACCAUCGAACAGCUGGAGACAACGGGUUUGACGGCGAUCUCAAGCGCUCAGAUACAUGCCAAACCUACCAAUACAGCAAAUACCGCUGUGGACGUUACAGCUUCAACCGCAGAAGAGGCACCACCACCUCCAAGUCAGCAUACCACUGAAGAGCUAAUGCUCGAGCCGUUCACAACCAUUACCACGACUAGGGCCACGACGACACCGCCGCCAGUCACAACAACCCUUACAACGUCGACUACCCGGGAAGAUGGCGUGUUCGUUCAGACUACCAUCAGUGUGGUCUACCAAAUCAAAGCCGACGCAGAUGAGCCCUUAACGGACUAUACCCUCGCUACGACCGAUGCUGGUGGCAGUGCGACGACCACCACGUUCGUUGCUUUCCAAUUCUACUCCACAGUGUAUGAAUAUGACUCGGCCGGAAAACCGACCAAGACAAACAUCCUGAAGAUCCUGAGCCAACCUCAGAAGACAACCUUGACGAACGCACAGGGGGUCCCCACCGCGACCGAGGAUUACUAUGUCGUAGUAGGACCCGUUACGCUAUUCGACAGUAACAACAAUCCAACAGCGACAGUGAGCUCGACAAUGGCCGAGAAAGCCGUCACAUCCACACUACUGGACGAAUAUGGAAUUGCAACAGCAACCGAGACGGUCUUAUUGCCGAUGACGACACUGACGAAAAUCUCUCUGGUGCCAACACCCACAGCGGCGCCCAACUCAGAUGGCGACCACAGUGUCUUGAAGCUGCACACGAUAUCCGAGGCAAAGUACUUCGCAGGCCUCUUGCUGCCGACCUUGAUAACCAUCGCGAUCUCCAUACCAAUCCGGAUCCUCGACCAGACCGCACGCCUGUACCAGCCCUUCCACGCCCUAGCCUUGGGAGCAACGGCCCCUGAUUCCCUCUGUCUGGAAACGACGGGGAUUUGGAGCUUCGUGGCCGGCUUCCGCUCCAUGCGGCGCGGAGAGAUCCUGCUCGGCAUAACUGGGCUACUUGUCCUACUCAGCGCCGUUAUAGUCCCCUUUAGCGCGGAGGUCUUCCGCAUGAUCCUACAGGGCCCGGACUGUCGGACGGGGCAGAGUGACGAGCUGAUCUGCUCGGUAGUAAUGGGUGUUUACCCCGCGCCCGCAAUCAUCGUCGUGGCUCUGCUCGUCCUCAUGCUCAUGGCCGUAACAGUGAUCGCAGCCCGGCUCCGCGGCUGGAGAUCCGGCGUGGAGCGCAACCCCUGGAGCCUGAUGUACAUGGCCGGCCUAACCGUACACCCAGACGUGCGCGACAAUCUCGAGCGGCUACGCCGCCGAAACCGGGAGAACAAACCGGUCGGCCGCGGCAAGCUAGCCAAGGUCUUCGGCGGAAAAACGUUUGGGCUGGAGGAGUACGAGGAUAAUGGGGUGCUGAAGUACGGGGUGCGGAUCCGCGACGAGGCGGGCCGGCCCAUGGUCAGGAAGGACGGCAAGACGGUGACGUUCAUGAACGCCGGCGGCAGCCCCCGCAGGAGGCGGAAGCUGGGGUUUGGGAAGUCGAUGCCGUUCUUCAUCCUCACGUGGACGGGCCGGAUCUUGUUUCUGUUGCUUCUGAGCGCCGUGCUGAUUGCCGUGCUCACGUACGAUAUCAUUGCGCGGGGGUCGGAAUACGAACGGGGACUUACUGGCAAGGCGGUCGGCGUGCGGUUUUUGUUUACUGGUGCUGGCGUUCUGGUUGCGCUCCUCUGGGGGUCGUUCUUUUAUGCCGUUGCCUUCCUCAGCCCGCAUCGACUCCUCCACAGCCAGCGCGUCUACAAGGGCCAGGCGAUCUACCUAAUGCCCCCAACCAACCCCUUCAGCGGACUGAUAUUCGCGCUGAAACCCCUGAGUAGAGACCCUUACCUCUGCCUCGUGGCCGCCAGCGCCAUCAUCGCCGAGAUCCUCCCCUUGCUGCUGGGAAACAUCCCGUGCAACGGGAUCCAGGCCUAUUCUGCGGCAGAGACGGUCUGCACGUGGAUGUCGGUGACGGUGCUGUGUGUCAUGAUCCUCACCGUCGCCGGCUCGUUCUUCGUCAACUGGCCUGAGAUGCUGGUCGAUCCGAGCACUAUUGCCGGGGCGAUGUAUUACGCUUGCGCGCAUAUCUUGGCGAUGAGCCCGACGGCGGGGCAGUUCUUUGGCAGGUUAAAGAUGGGUGUUUGA